GUUCGUUUACCAGAACUUUGACGAAUAUGGAGACAGGACGGCGAUUGUAAGUGUUUUUUUCCUUCUUCCUCUUCGUGUUCUUCUUCUUCUUCUUCUUUCAUAAUGAGAUUAGGCCCGUUUUAAACGUCGUGCUACUGCCGUGCCGAACUCAAUUGAUCGAAUUAAAUUCGACUUUAGGACGGCAGUAGCGCGACGUUUGAAACCAAGUCGUGCUUGCCGUGCUACACGACAGUAGCUCAACUUGGUUUCAAACGUCGUGCUACCGCCGUGCCGAACUCAAUUCAUGAAUUAUAUGUACAUUAGAAUAUAUUAAAAGUUUGCUAAACCGUUUCUUUAUUUUUGUGUUUUGUUUUUGGCAACAGCUGUUCCAUUCGACUGUCAUUGUGUGAAUUAAAUUCGACUUCUGAAACCAAGUCGUGCUAAUGUCGUGCUACAGUCGAGCUACAGUCAAGCCAGCUUAGCACGCCAGUAGCACGACGUUUGAAACAGGCCUUACUUUCUGCACAUUCACAUUACUUGGAAUCAUAGGAAAGUGUAGUUUUAGUUCAGAGUGAUAGUGCUUGGCAAAGGCCUUACGAAAGGAACUUUGAACUACACUAAUGACGGUGUCAGUACUCGGUUACUGGAAGAGCAGGAUCGGAGAUCUAGAAUCAAGGAUUAAGGAUGGAGGAUUAGGGGGUUGAUUAUUGUACUAGAAAAAGAAAGCAAACCUUUAACCUUUUUGUGCAAUUCUAUUUAUUACAACCAUAGAAUAUUGGUUAUUACAUACAUUUCAGAACUUAGCAAAUUAAACUGAGGCACCUUUCAUAAUUGUCUACAUAGUAAAUGAAAGCUUUCCAGUAACUCAGUGUGCUACGAAGAUUUCUAACGUGAACUUCAUUAGGUCAUUUUCGAUUCUUUAACGCGCUUUAAUCUGUAGAAAUAACCGUUAAAAUAUUGGGAGGCCGGGGGUAUAGUGGUAUAGUAUCUCCCCUUCUGCGACCCAUACUUCACAACACGAGUGAGUAGGUAUAGUAAGUGUGUGGGAGAAUCUCAAAACAAUCAUGGAUAUAGAAAGCUAAAAAGCCUUCAAAAUGUAAGAGUAAACUUGUGUGUUUAUCAUCAGCUUUAACUGCUCUACAAUCCCAAGUAGAAAUUAGAAUUUAGUAACUAUGCGAACAUUUUUUUCCAGCUACGUGAAAGCCUUCUGUUAAAAUUGUGGGGUUUUUCUUCAAGCUAUUCAAGAAUACAAGGUAAGUUUUAUUGAGGGAUGGGAGACUGGGAAAGGGUAAAAUUCCGUCAGGGAGGGGUGGCAACGUCGCACAUGGUGAACUUCGCAGAAAGUGUAGCCUAAAUGAGUGAGAAUCGACAAUUGUAUCUUAUGGAAAGUCUCUUUCGCAAAAUCUUUCACCGUCACGAUUAAUACAAUCCACCAUGUUGAGCUGCAAAAAGGAUCGCAUUCAUUCAGUUCAAUUGUCUUCUCCUUAGAUCAAACUUUCGUCCCUAAACUCUCCCAAUCCUCCUCUGCGGUUAAAAUCAAAGAGAGUGAUUACGCACAGGGAGUACUGAGUGCUCUCUGGAACUGAAAAUAUCUCUACACUGCGGAUUUUAGUUAGUAAGCUUGAAAAAACAAGUUUAUAUUUUUAGUUUCAAAGGUGUUUCUGAUUCACGCAAAUGUUUGACAUACUUUCCGGUAAUGUGUAAAAUAACUGACCUUAGUUUACCGGCAGUAUGCAAGUACAUACUUCACAACCACCGUACUUAUACUAACCGAUGGGAUUAUUUCUUAAAAGGUGACACUUGCUCCCCUUGUCCCUCCCCUGGUAUCAUUCCUGGCCAAGCAUCCCUUGGUAGACAAGUUCGACCUGUCAAGCCUCAAGGCAAUCUCCUCGGGUGCGGCUCCCUUAUCGCGUGAUCUGGAGGUAAAAGUUGCCGAGAGGAUACCUAACUUAGAGAGGGUUGCACAAGGUAAAAAAUUAAGUGACCAGAAGUUUUGUUUGCUACCAGUUUUGUAUGUAAAAUACCAAACUUAGCCUAGUUUCUGUAUGUCGUUUGUCCUAGGCCUUCACGGUCGCGCAUUUUCGCGACGACAAGAUCCGAAAUGAAAUAAAGAGGCCUAGGCUCAGGAGUCCAUAAUCCAGAAAGAGUAACACCAACGAUAGGCCUCUGUUGCAGAGUUUUCAAGGACCAGUUUAUUUUUAAUUACAUUUAAGAGCACUUUUCCUCCCGAGAAUGGAAGCUCCUCUCCGUGAAAACAACGUGACACUGGGACAUGGAAGUUGCUCGCUCCGGGUUAUGGGCUCCUGGCAGGUAAAACUGAGAAAUAUACGGCAGCCGCGCCUGCCUGUUUGGCAAACGAAACGGAAGAAAACAUCGAGCGUGCUGUUUGUGUUCUCGCCUGACCCCCUUUCCCUAGCUUUGGGUUUUCGUGUGCCUGAAUUUCUUCUUUUCCCCAUUUGUGUUCUCACACCACUCGAUUUUUUCCGUUCCCGGCUUCGAAUUCUCGCGCGCCCUAAUUUCUCCUUUUCCCUUCGUGUUUUCGCGCCACCCGAUUUCCCCCUCUUCCUCUAUCCCCUUGGAGUUCCCGUACGCCCGAAAUUUCCCCUUUCCCCUUGGAGUUCCUGCAUGCCCGACUUUUCCCCUUUCCCCUUGGUGUUCUCGCGCGCCCGAUUGUCCCUUUUUUUCUUUGUGUUCCCGCUCGCCCGAACUUUCCCCUUUCCCCUUGGUGUUCUCUGGCACCCGAUUUUCCUUUUUUACCCUUGAUGUUCCUGCACGCCCGAUUUCCCCUAUCCCCCUGGUUUUCCCGAGCGCCGAAUUCAACGAAUUCAAUGCAAGUGUUUUAUUAUUCAUUCAAAAUAUUUCUAACUUCUUAACAUCCUUACCUUCACGUAUACUUUCUUCAAAACAUUUGCCGUUUAAACAUAGGAAGGUUGAGCAUGAUUUUAGGAAACUUACCUAUAUAUCUAUUCUAUACGAUUUCCCUCCUUUUAGAUUUUUCAAGUGACAUUCGUUAUUAAAAAUUGAAUCAAAUUAUUCACAUCUUUAAAAUGAUGACCUCCUUCUACGCGCUCGGUUAUCAUGAAGAAGGCCCCCGAAACUCAGGCAUUAUCAUCGAAAGACGUUGCCCAUCAAAAGUUUUUCCGAAUACACUUAUGAUCGAGACCUCAAACGGCUUAAAUAAAUUUUCUCUUGGUUCAUCUCCUAGGAUUUGGAAUGACGGAAACUAGUGGAACGACCCAUUUCAGGUCUCCAGAUAAGGAAACAGUUCCUGGUUCUGUGGGUGUUCUGUUGUCCAACUUGGAAUGCAAGGUAGGCACUGUAUAACGAGUGAACGUCGAUGAACUUGUAAAGGGAUUUAGGGUCACGUUUGCGGCUAACGGCAAACGUCAAUUUGUAAAAUAAUGUGACCAAGUUUCCGCUAUACUUGUCGUUUUGUGUUGAUUAUUUGUGCAUAUACUAAACAUUAGAAGUUUCAUGCCAGGCUCAUCAAUAGGAAUCAGUUUGGAUAGCUUUUACCUUCUCAUUUCCACAUUUGAGAACUGAAGAUUGUCAAUUUGAAUCUAACGUUUGCCGUAAACGUCACUCUAAAUCUCUACAAUGCGACAAACGGGAUGGGAUCAUUAUACGUUUCAGGGAAACUGCUCACCUACUCCUCCCCUAAGCCAACAAUAACACUUAAUUCUCACUUGGGGCAAAAUGUUGGCUUAGGGGAGGGGUAGGUGGGCAGUUUCCCAGAAACAGAUAAUGACAAACUACUAAGCUUCGCUCCUAAUGAGACAUGAGGCUGCCCUUAAGUCCUCCAUUUUUCACGAUCUUUUUCUGCUUUAACCCACGUAACUUAAUAUUUACAUAAUUAAGGCACGCGUUGUGUUCCAUCUGUUGUUCUUGAAAAUGAGAAUGAAACUCCACCGAGCAGAAUUUAAGUGUACAUUAUUUAUUACGUUUUACAAUUGACAUAUUUUUUUGCGCCAUAUUCAUUAUACCGUGCAAGAGGGUCCUAACCUUUAGAGUCUUCAUGGCCAAUCAGGUGACAGCGAUUGCACAGUACUGUCCUGUGGUACUCUCCAUUAUGCUGAAUUCACAUUUACAGUCGAACCUCUCAAAAACAUUCAGCGCCCCCUAUUUUUUAUUUUGCUCCGCCGCUGCUGACGAACCGCUAUUGAGCGGCCACUUUGCCGGUAUCCCGAAGGUGAUCGCUUAACUUGAAGGUUCAAUUGUAUUGUUCCCAGAUUAUUGAUCCCGAUACUGGUGACAUUCUUGGACCAAACCAGGACGGAGAAAUGUGCUUCAGAGGACCAACUGUAAUGAAAGGUGCAUAGACAAACAUCUAGUGCUUGAUCAGUCUUUUUUACCAUCAUAUUACGAGGCGAGCAGUUAAUCUAAGUUAACUACUGUGUAUAAGCCCAGGUUAAUUUUCUUCGUCCGUUAAUUAAUUUUUUUGCAUCUUCGCACGAUGUUCAAUGUAUCGACGCCAGUCAUAUUUUUGAUUUUAUAGUGAACUGUACAAUGGUUAGGGAGAUAGAAAAACUAACAGACUAUAGCUAUUUGUCUUUUCCUUCGAGACCAUUUUUGUUCCAACAAUUGGUGAUUUUGUGUUAUGUUGAUCCUCUUAAGGUUACUUGGACAACCCAGAAGCCACUGCACAAGCAAUUGAUAGCGACGGCUGGCUUCACACAGGAGACAUCGCACAUUAUGACGAAGAUGAAUUUUUCUUCAUUGUUGAUCGAAUUAAAGAACUUAUCAAGUACAAAGGCUUCCAAGUAGGUUUAACGAGUACAGCUCAUAUAUUAUAUCCAGUGCAUUUUCCCUUUAAUAGUUUGCCACUCAAUACUGUUUGUCACUUAUAACUUAACGCAACAUGGUGAUUGGUAAAGCUAGAAAAAUUAAUAAUUUCUGGUCGUCGUAUUCAAAGAAUACGUGCGUUCACUACAAUAAUCAUUUUCACCAUUAUUAUUACUGUCAUUGGCUAGGGUCAUUGUCAUUAUCAUUGGUCACUGUAUGUCAUUGUCGUUUUCAUUGCACAUGGUCUCUGCUAUUGUUACUAAGGAGCUUAAGCAACGACGACGGCGACGGCAACAAGAACGGCAAAAAAGCAAUGGGUUUAAAUUGGCAAAACAACAACUAUGCACGUGCAUCACGCUUUUUAGUACAUUUCUUAGCCGUCGUUGCUCGACUACAAUCUGAAAGUGCCUCAUUUCGCGUUUUUAGAACUCAACUCCAGAAAAAAUUGCCAACAUUUGACGAACUGAACGAGAUGGAAUAAGCGCGAUAAAGUUCGAAGCAGCGCGACUUCACUUUUUAAGUGACGUCUUCGUAGCCGUCGCCGUCGUGGUUGCUUAAGCUCCCUACUACUGUCACUAGUACCGCCGCGGUUAUCGCCAUCGUCGUUGUCAUCGUUAUCGACAUGGUUAUUGUCAUUUUCACGGCGAUCGUUCUUCGUUAUCGUCAUCAUCAUCGUUUUCAUUUCUGCUGUCAUCAUGGACGUCUUCAUUUACAUUGCCAUCGUCAUUGUCAAUGUAAUCAAUCAUUGUUAUUGUCAUUUUCAUCGGCAUUGUCAUUGUGCUGUCGUCAUAGUCAUUUUAUUCUGGCAACAGUAACUUGAUUAGGUCUACUGCUUUCUGGACUGUUCAUAGUCCAGCGUAAAAAUCUACCAAAUUGGAAAGGACCUCAAUUUUCCACAAAGAUACAUGUAUUUGCUAUUAUCAUUUUAUGAUCAUGUGGCGUUUUAUCACCUUAUCUAACAGGUCCCUCCGGCUGAAGUUGAAAAGGUGUUAACUGCUCACCCAAACAUCGAUGAUGCUGCAGUGAUCGGAGUUCCCGAUCCUGAAGCGGGCGAAGUGCCGAAAGCCUUUGUUGUCCGUCGUGGCGAGGUGACUGCAGACGAAAUCAUGGAAUUCUUGUCUUCUCGAGUUGCUCCACAUAAAAAGCUCAGGGGAGGGGUGGAGUUUGUCGACCAGAUACCAAAAUCUGCCAGUGGGAAGAUAUUACGAAGGGUUCUUAGAAAUAAACAAAACGAAAACGCUGUGUAGUAGAUCACAGCUGAGAAGCGAGUGGACAGCUUCUGUAAGCGCCACCUGCUUACAAAAGGAUUGCUCAGAGUUGGUUGGUAUUGGUUGCUGUCAUUUUUCCCCGGGGAGGGGGGCACUUCCUAUAAUUGCCUAUGCGGGGGGCUCCGCCCGAAAGAAGCACUAUUUUUAGGCUCCAUUUAUAUCAAAGGUAGGGAAUUCACAAAUUGAAGUUAAUGAAAGGGUAGGAAAAUCCAUCAUUUUUAAUAAGUACUUCAAAGGGGUAUUGAUUAAAAUGUUUAGAAAAGACGCCCUUUAAAGACAUGCUUUUAAGGUUUUUAGUUUUGUUUUAUUGCACGUCACACGAAAAUGAUAAGAAGACUUUCUGUUGUAGCGGUUUAUUCUUAUUAAGUAGGUAUAUUAUCUCCCUUGGGAAACCUGCCAACGAUGCAGUAUCUCCGGUCCUUUACGGGUGGAGAGAAGCAGAUACAGUAUGUCUGCUUUCUCAGGGUACCCCUUGGGCGUUCGUCUAUGAUUUUUUUUUUACUCUCUACAAGGCGGACAUAGCAGUGCCUGUUCCCAUGGUAUCCUAGUUCUUACAGAGAAUUUAGUACUUGCCUGAAAGAAAAGUCACCUUAAGCUGCAUCCUUUAGUCAUCUUUUUACCGGUUGAGGAUGGGGCAAGGGGUACUGGCCACAGUCAGUCAAUGAGAGUGUCUAGUAUUCUUGCUGACCUAUAAAUCGGUGCCGUAUAUUACUUAUGCCAUCGACGAAAUGGCUGAUUGUAUAAGUACCACAACCCAUUUGCCGUUGUCUUACGAAUACUGUCUACUCAGAACUUCUAUAGGUACUUUAAAGUGUGCGCCUAUUAAACCAUUACAGAAAAGCGAAUUAUUCUUUAACCAUCCUUGAAUAAUUACUUACGUUUUACGUACGUAUAAUUUCAAUAAAAUGCCUUUAACAUUGUCGAAUCUACCUCACUCAGAGUACAAAGGUUGAAGUUUCCCAUGUACAAAAUGUAAAUGACCUCUGUAUAGUACCAAUGAUUUUACAGUUAACUGGUACACAAGUACAGGCACUCCUUGCAAGUAUUUCUCGAUUGGGUUCAGGCGAGAAAAUAUUCAAUGAUUUGACGUUUUCUAAUCCCGGAGUCUAAUUUAUUGGUGCCAUAUCUAAACGUUAGUUGUUUAAGGUUUUGCUAUUUAAAUCAGCAUUUGCGCGCGCAGAAAGAUACCAGCUUAUUUAAAAUGUUUUGCAGACCAACAGUUAUUUCUUAGGAGAAAAUAUUCAAUGAUUUGACGUUUUCUAAUCCCGGAGUCUAAUUUAUUGGUGCCAUAUCUAAACGUUAGUUGUUGAAGGUUUUGCUAUUUAAAUCAGCAUUUGCGCGCGCAGAAAGAUACCAGCUUAUUUAAAAUGUUUUGCAGACCAACAGUUAUUUCUUAGGAAUCACCUCAAUAGCAUCGCUGAGCCAUUUUUCCACCACACUUUGGCAUCACUGUUCCACUUUUCAUCAGUUCUAUCACACUACAUGAUCAAUGUGCCAUCCACUAUUCCACCACACCUUAGUACCACUAUGCCACUGUUCCAGUCAGUUCCACCACACUUUACUGUCACUAUGCCACUGUUCCACCACAUUUUACUAUCACUGUGACUCUGUGCUACUGUUUCACUGUUCCACCAUACUUAACUGUUACGUGACACUGUCACACUUUUCCACUGUUGUACCACACUUUACUGUCACCGUGACUCCGUGCCAUUGUUCCGCCACUCUGUACUAUCACUGUGACACUAGUGCCACUUUUCCACCGAACUUUACUAUCACUGUGACACUGUUACAUCACACUUUACUAUUACUGUGAGACCGGCUCUGCCACUGUUCCACUGUUGUACCACUCUUUACUGUCACUGCGACACUAUGCCACUCAGUUCCACCACACUUUUCUAUCACUAUACCACUGUUUCACCACAUUUUACUAUCACUGUGACUCUGUGCCACUUGACAAGGCACUGUGAUUGGCUUAAGCCCAAUCCUGGGCCGCCCAUUGCUAAUUUUUCACUGUCCCGAUGCUUUAGCCUGCGCCGCAGACGUAAUUUAACCUACGAUGCGUAAGCGUCACGCGUGUCUGGACGGGUUUUGUGACAUAAAAACAUGGACUGAGGACACUACGCGUGUCUAGACGCAAGUGUUUGGUUAAGUCUAGACGGAAUAUGAACUGGGGACUAUGGACUUCGGAUUGGUUAUAAACCGGGGACUAGAAUUACGAAGCUACGGACUUCGUAGCACGGAUUAGGUAUACAUUUUAAAACGCGGACCACAGACUUAUUGUUAUAAAAAACGGCUUUGAUAUAAACAGAUUGCGGACGGGCAUAAGACAGUCCUAGCCUCCCAUCCUGGGUGAGUAAUGAAAACUUUAGGUGGUUUCAAAAUGUACACACGUAGUAUUUACAGGUCUGCUUAAAUCCUCGAUUUUGUUCUUUCCAGCUGAUACAAAAUCUUGAAAGGCGUGACCAGACUUAGGAUUGCGUUACGUUAAAAGAACAGAUAAAACAUGCGCAAUGGUUGCAGACAUUUAGGCUCGUCACACAACCUCUGCAAAGAGGAACUCUUGACGAAGCCUUGAGACCGUCUAGUCUGCGUGGGAAGCCGUAAGAACAUAAAACUGUAAAACGAACACCCUGCGCAAGUUAAGAAAACUUUAGAUGGUUUCAACAUGUAUACACGGAGUAUUUACAGGAGGGUCUGAAUGGGGGGGGGGUCCAUUUGUCGGUUGUCGGUUAAAAUUCAGUUACUUUGUCGGUAGUCGGUUAAAAUUUUCGAUCUUUGUCGGUAGUCGGUUAAACUUCUUGAUUAUUGUUGGUUAUCCGAAAAUCUCAGUUAGUAAGUAAAAACGCUUGUUAAUUAUUAAUAUUUUUUAUGUAUUUCACCAAGUUUCAAGACUUUGAUCCCAAGGGAAAGAGUAAAACUUGUAAGAAUGCAUCAUUUGAUUGCCACUUAAACUUCAUUAACUCUUGUUUGUUUAUGCAACAUGAUCGUCAGGAGCCGAUCGGCUCCUGUGGUCGUUUAUUUCACCAUUGUUUGCCAAAUGAAUAUCAUGCGUACUGAUAAGAUCACCAAACGUUUUACUGUAAAUGCGAACUUGGUUUCCCUGUCGAUUACACGGCACAGUAAAAAGUAAUUAAUUAAUUAAUGGACACCAGCCUUUUGGAUACUUAAAUUAUCAGCUUAGUGGAAAAAUGCAAGGGGUGACGGGCUGCACAUCUAUCCUUUGCCAUAAGUUUCCUUCCUCAAAGAAAUAACACUUUAACCCUCGGACAUACAAGGGAUGGAGGGUGGAUGCCACCCCCUUUAGGUUUUCUGGGAUUUUUCCAAGAGGAUAAAACAUCAGCACCUGAGGUUUUCAGUAGAUGUUCGUUUAUCCCUCGCACGCAUUUUGAGAAAAGUUCAGUGAUGAUCAGUUUCUAUGGUUACGAGGUAUGACGUAAUAAGUAGCAGGUUGUCAAGCCAUUUUCAGUGAAAAUAUAUGUUUUUUCCAACUUUUUUCAACAAUAAAAGAAAAAUCUUGUAGCUAAAAUCAUGCAAAGUGCUUAUUUAUGUGUUAUUAUUCAUGUCAAGCAAUAAACAUUUCUCUUUGUUUUAACCUGUUUUGUAAUUCUUUGUAAUAUCCAAGAUGGCGGCAAACAUGGCGACCAUCGUUGGUGACGUAACAGGCCUCCAGCAGUGCCACCAUUCAUAAAAUAUACCUCAUCUUGUUGAGAAGAUCAAACGCUUUUCAGUGAAGGCAAAAUCGCUUCAAAAUACUGCAGCAUAUCAAAAACUCUGGGGAGGGGUUCCAUCUACCAUCAGUCUUGUACCAUGGUGGGGGGUAUGAUAUUGCGUGUACGUCUGAGGGUUAAGUUGGCAAGGUAGUGGUUGGUUUUGUGUGAGAUUACACUUUUACAUUAAAGUUUCUUUUAUAAUAGACACUAAGGGCUUGUAUUGUGUUACGAAAGGCAAUAUUUCUUUUUCUUCCUUGUUGUUUUGUUUCAGGAGCGCUGCUUUUCUCUUCUGAGUUUUACUUCUAAUAGCAAUUUUUAUUUCAAAAUUAUGUGGCCAGCCUCUGUCCAUCAAACGCUUUUUGAAAUCUGAAAUACUUCCUCAGAGGAGUUUGUUCGUAGGAUACUCAAGGCCAAAUCCAUUUUAACAUUCGGUGGGUAGUAAGAGGUGAAAAUGUAUAUACGUCUUUACGUCAAUGAUAGCUUUUUCUCAUUUUUCGUUGAAUGUUGUGCCUUGGUAUACAACGGGGUAUAAAAAGAUUGUCUCAGUGUCACAUAUUCCGGGCGUAAAUUUCAUAGCCAGUAGAGCAGUAGGGUGAAGUAAGUUUACUUGUUCCGUGAAUUUGAAGAAAUCUACCAUGUCUGGUUUACUUAUGUCCCAUAGGGAAAAAAUAUCAUCUAUGUAGCAUUUUCAAACAGGAAUUGGUUUAAAGACGGUUUUGCUUAAACUUUCUGUUUCAAUAUAUGCGGCCACGAAAAUGUUGGAAAGGAAACUGCUGUAUGUGCUCAUCGCGGUACUGUGGUUUCUUACUGAUAGUGCUUUCCAUUAAACUGGAAAGAAUUUUCUUUCAGGAUUAAUCAAAACAUUUCUCGGACCGAAUCAAGAAAUGUUCAGUUUUUUCAGCUUUGUCUUUUCAAUAAAAUACAUAAAGUCCGCGGUAGCAUCUUUAAGGACUUAACUGUGGCUUCUGUGAUUAUGGUUGUAGUAAUGUAGCCGUAUCAACGAAAGAGUAAGUUCUUUCUGUUAGACCAUCUGAUGAGUCAAAUUUAAAGAGGUUACUUCCUAACGGCUGGAAAAAAAAUGCAAAAUGCUCUUUUUUUCUGAAACAAAUAUUGAUAAUGUCAGCCCAUGUCGGUAGUCGGUUAAUAUUUUUCCUGUCGGUAGUCGGUAAUUUUUUACUCGUUUUGUCGGUAGUCAGUAAUAUUUUUAGCCCUUUGUCGCUAGUCGGUUAACCCCAUUCACACCCUCUUACAGGUCUGCUUAAAUCCUCGAUUUGGUUCUUUGCAGCUGAUAUAAAAUCUUGAAAGGCGUGACCAGACUUAGGAUUGCGUUACGUUAAAAGAACAGACAAAACAUGCGCAAUGGUUGCACAUAUUUUUGUACACCCGACAAGUGAUGCGUCUUGUUUGGAUUUUACACUGUAAAUACUGUACGUAUAAAGGAAUGAUCGGGAGUUCAUAAUCGGUAACCAUCGUAAAAGAAGGGCGAGUGUUCAUGCCAUACUAUGGCUAUCAUACGAAGCAAAUGGCCGGACAUAAACAUUCCUGAGAAUUUAUCUUUGACUGAAUUCGUUUUCAAGAACUUCGACAUUUAUGGAAACAGGCCAGCGAUUGUAAGAGUUCUCUACUUUUCCUUAAUUUGUGUUAAGUGGUUUGUUUUAUUUUAUGUCAAUUUGCUCAUUCCCUUUUUAAGAUCUGCUGAAUGUUUCAGCGUUUGGUUUUGUCGGUUUUAUUCGCCUUACUUCAUUCUUGUCGUCUUGCUUUUAAGCAGAGGGCGAUCGGGCACGAUCAGUAGCUUUUGGUUGUGUUGUUGAAAAAUACAUUGAAAGUAACAAGAAGUGCUAAGAACGUAUAGAGGACUCUCCGUUUUCUGUAUACGGUUUUAGUGUUUUUUGUUCCUUUCAAUUUAUUUCAUUAGGCUUUUUGUGCUUUGUUUUCAUUAAUAUUUGUCCAAGGCAUGGCUCGAUUGCGUGACAGCUGUUUUUUUUUCACGUACAACAAAAACGUUGCUGUCGUCAAAAUGGAGUAUGGGUGCCAUAGAGUGAAAAUAUUGUACUUGGAAAUGUAGUUUUUUUCGGAACACCUAUUACAAAUUUAUGUUCCAGUGGACAGUUGUUUUGCCCAAAUUUUGGGACAAAUCUUCUCUACAGGAGUUAAUUCACUUCAAAGCAAAACAAAUAUGUAGGCGUUAAGGCAUAUUACAUGAAAGGGAUUAAAAGGUCCCACUUCCGGUUGACAUGCAAUGCUCAAAAACGUUCCCAUUAUCUCCCAGGUAAUUGUUCAACAGUUUUUAAGUCAUGUGUUCCCACAAUGUGGCUUUUUCAUAUUUUUUUACACCACUUUACAAAAGGAAAGUCAGUCCCAAUGCCACUCUUCAAAUUCAUGAUACUUCCUGAAGGGACACUAUGGCUGCCUUUAUUCUCUUCAGGAACCUGAUGCAGGUGUCCUUUGCUGAUCGAGUGAACAUAUUUGUCUUAUACAGAUUGAUGCUUUUUCUGGAAGAUUUAUUACCUUUGCUGAGCUCAAAGAUAAAACACGCCGCUUCAGCUCUGCACUGGCAAAGAGAGGCUUUAAAAAGGGUGAUGUCAUGGCUAUGUAUCUUCCAAAUGUUAUAGAAUACCCGAUUAUCUUCCACAGCGCUGCAAACCUGGGUGGAGUUGUCACAACACUAAAUCCCCAAUGCACUCGAGAAGAACUUUGUCGCUUCCUGAAAAUCUCCAGGGCAAAUUUCCUAGUAACCUCUCCUGAUCUUGCCCAAAAAGCUUUCAAUAGUGGCGUUCUGGAAAAAGUUUGUUCGGUCUUUGUCAUUGGGCAAUCGGAGAACUUCGAAUCUGUUUCCUCUCUUUUAGCCGACGAUGGAACAGCAUUCCCCAAGGAUGUGAAAAUCAAUCCAAGAGAAGAUGUUGUGACUUUGUUAUUCUCUAGUGGAACAACAGGGGCUUCCAAAGGAGUGAUGCUCACGCAUUAUAAUCUUAUAGCACAGUGUCGUAUCAUUUAUGGAGAUUUUAACCCUCUUGAGGACACAGGAACUGUUAUCAAUGUGUUACCUCUUUUCCACGUCUAUGGCUUAUCAGUAAUUUGCUGGUCACGUCUUCACGCUGGGCGUAAAAUUGUUCUGCUGAGACGUUUUGAUCCUAAAGUGUUUCUCCAAGCUAUUCAAGACUACAAGGUUAGUUUCUAAUGGAAAAAUGACCUUGGAUCUACAAAAAAAAAGUGUCAAUGUGUUUUGACAGGAAAGACUGCCAGGAAAGGACUCAAGAGAGGGGAUCAGAAGCACGAAUUCCGCAAGGACCAUCUCUCAUCCCUCGGGCCUUCAGAACUCCUCCGCCCAUCCCCCCCCCCCUGUCACAUUCAUCCAUGAAACUAGGCAAAACAGGUGUUUAUUAUCAUGUCUUCUAUCUGACUGAUUCUCAACAGGUGACAGAUGCUGUGCUUGUCCCUCCUUUGGUGUUAUUUUUAGUCAAUAAUCCGCUGGUACAUAAGUUCGCCUUGUCAAGCCUCAAGCAUGUCGUGUCAGCCGCGGCUCCUCUCGCUAAAAAACUGGAAGAAAGUGUUAAAAAGAGGAUAGCUUCUAUAGAGACUGUGCGACAAGGUUGGAAUACAACCAGACCAAGGUUUUAUGCCUCCUAAACUAGCCUGUGAAUACAGCUGCCUCUCCUUCCUCCUCGCCACUCUCCGAUGAAACACCCUUAGUGUCAAGGGGUGUGGAGAAAUGGCUGUAUUUUCCGGCUACUAUCCAAAUUGGCUCUUAAGCUAUUUUCUAGAUGACUAUAUAGUAACCCUCAAAAGUAAAUUGCCAGUCUGUUGCGAGUAUCUAUUCUCUCUUACCAAUUAUUCUUGUGGGAAUCGAGUAGUGAGAAUCGAGAAAUAGUUAUGGAGAAUAACAAACGAUUCACCAUGACUGAUUUCUUGAUGAUCUAUCUUUGAAAUUCAGCGAAAAACUGAUGCGGACAUGCCUCCUGAAACCGUUACCUUUUUUGGCCUACAAAGCUCAUUCCCUGAGCUUUUGUUCUCAAGAGGCAAAUCGAAAUGAUAAAUCCUCACUCGUAGUCCCUCAAACCGAAAAGGAAGUGCGUCGCCCAGAAAUAAUAAUUCUGACAGCUUUAUGAUGGAAGCCAGCGCAGGGGAGCUCCAUGGGUAAUUAAAGAAAAAAUGGUAGCCUAUAGAUGCGAGAAAGUUUUGUGCUCACGUGACCGUCUGUCCGUACGUCCGUUCGUCCACCCCAUACAUGUAAGCUGAUGUCAAAUGUCAUAUUUCGUACUACUACACUGACGUGCAUAACAGAGAAAGAGCUAGAGCGAUCUACUGCAUCUGUUUUGCCACAAUUCAACUAUCAUUUUACCCUGCGAGCAGAGUUUACUCUGUUGCGUGGCUCAGUUUAGCGUUUACGAAGUCGUUCGCGUCACUUGUCAGGCGUACAUACAAACCAGCUACGCGACUGACAAGCGACUCGAACGACUUCCUAAACGCUAAAAGCCAUGCAAGAGAGAAAACUUUGCUCGCAGGGUACUAUCAUUUUUCAUACAUUCAUUUUUCAUUCGUUAUCUUCUUUUUUAGGUUUUGGGAUGACAGAAUUAUCAGGAGGAUCCCAUGUAGUAAAGGACAAGUUAGUCCCUGGAUCUGUCGGUGUUUUAUUGCCCAACUUAGAAUGUAAGGUAGGUCUAGACUUUUAAAACUUUCUUAAACCAGGUGCUUUUUCUUUAUUUCAGCACUUAACCAGUCACGAGGGUAUUUGUUUUGUGGUGAAAAAAGGACGUUUUUGAACGACGCACAUUAACCGGAAGUGGAUACUUCUCUCUCCUUGUAAACCUCUUACGGAGUAUAUAGUUAUUUCGAAAAAAAGUGCAUGUAACGGUGAAAAACUUUGCGGGAAUGACCUUUUAGAGUGUUUUAGAAAAGCGUUCACAUAUCAUCCUUUAAGCGACAGCUAUGCUCUUCUCAGUAAACCUUGUCCAGUCUAAUAGUUCAGUUUUAGGAUCAUACUCACUCAUUUGUCACUUAUUAACGCUAGCUUGGCUUCCAUGUCAGUAAAAAUGGUUCGUUAGUCCGAAUACUGAUACGAAAAAAAUCAAUCACUCACUUACUGUUUCUGCUGUAGAGAACGUCCGCUUACAAGAUGUUCCACUAUACGCCCCAAGCUGGUUUUUUUCUAGUUUAACCCCGACUGACCACUGUUUCUCACGGUUUCAGUCUUUAAACCUACAUUUUUUUGUUUUUCUCUCCUGAACAUAUCUCAGAUUAUUGAUCCUGAUACGGGCAAAAUCCUUGGGCCAAACCAGGACGGAGAAAUGUGUAUCAGGGGACCAACUGUAAUGAAAGGUAAGGUCACACACCCGAGGGGUCCUUGUGGAAAUUCUGGUCUAUGGUCCCGCUUUUCGCCUGUCAUACGCAAUGCGCUCAGUAUUUAAAUGUAGCUCUUAAUCUCUAACUCUUUUAUUACAAGAAUUCGAUUCUGAAUUUGAUUGGUAAGAAUAACUGCUUUGGUUUUUGUCUAGUUUCAAUCAUCCUUUUUUCCAAAAAUUGUUAAUACCAUUCAUGCGCGUAAAUAUCAGUACGUUUGAGAUUCCCUUUUUUCGUUUGCUAGGUUACUUAGACAACCCAGAAGCCACAGCACAAACAAUUGAUAGUAAAGGCUGGUUACACACAGGAGACAUCGCACGUUAUGACGAAGAUGGACAUUUCUUUAUUGUUGGUCGUAUCAAAGAACUGAUUAAAUACAAAGGAUUUCAGGUACUUAUUCCUCGAGUAAGAAGUUCCUCGCUCUCAGGUUGUUCUGUUCACAGACCCUCUCUUUUCUCUUAAGAAAAUAAAAACCGGGGCCUAGUUGUUCGAAGGCUCCGGAUUAGCGCUAACCCGGAGUUUGAAGAACCCGGCCCGGGGGGAUGUAUAUGCUAUGAGAGGCUUUUCUCUCUUCCAGGUCCCUCCCGUGGAACUUGAAUCAUUGUUGAUGACACACCCGAACAUCGAUGACGCGGCGGUAGUCGGAGUCCCGGAUCUCGAAGCCGGAGAACUGCCGAAAGCGUAUGUCGUCCGUCGCGGAAACGUAACUUCACGCGAAAUAAUGGAGUUUGUCGCUAAGAAAGUCCAGCCACAGAAAAAGCUCAGGGGUGGAGUGGAGUUUGUCAGCGCUAUUCCCAAGUCAUCUACUGGCAAAAUACUACGUCGCGUCCUUAGGAAAAAUGAAAAUUCUAAAAGUCACCUCUAGAACCCCUCAAUCAUCUCUCCGCCUGAGGCUGGGGUUGGAGGAGUGGGGAGAACAAAGAGACAAGCAAAGCAAAAGUAAUGAUAAAAGAACGGCAUUGAUUUGCACCAACCAGACCCAGCCCAUGCUACCAUUAGAAACUAUAAUCUGCGAAAUUCAACAAAAAAUGUUCCCCUUCUUCGACACAAACUGACCGUACGAACACAGACGUAUACCCGGUCGUCCUACCCUGGGUGCCAGAGACUUUUCUAGCGCGGUUUCCGGUUUCUGUCAAGUCUUUAGCUUUGGCCUACGGCCGAAGACGUGUCGGCCUUCGGCCAACACCGAAAAUUCCCGCCGCACGCGAGAAAAACCUCUGGUACCCAGGGUACGGUCGUCCCUUCUCUCCACCCGAAAGUUACUUUUCGGGUGGAGAGAAGCGACGACCGGAAAUGCGUGUGUUCGCAAGCUACGACGCAAAGGAAUUUAAUAAAAAAACAGUCUGUUAUAUUUACAGUGGGGCUAAGCUAUGAAAUAAACAUCCAGAGGAGGUCCGAAGUUGUGAGACCUUCGCGUCAUUAAAACGACAGUCAAAGUCCACUGGCAUUUGAUUGGCCACUAGGUCACUGAUCAUUUCGUGUGAAUACUAGAGGAAUUGUUUUAUAUUAUUUUAGGUAGUACAGAAUGUUUUAGAUUGUUUAAUUUUUUAACAGUAUUUAAUAUGUAGAGCAUGCUCAAGACUUUGGAUAUUGUACAUGUCCAGCCGUGAGUUUUCCAUCAGAAAAAAAAAGAAGUCAGCCUUUUACUACGUAGCAUACGAGCGUGUUGAAUCUCCUGCAUGUAGUCAGUGGCAUACCGUCAUGCGAUCAAUCCGGUGGUAUGCAAGCCUCGGCUGCUAAACAAGCCUCCGGUGGUAUACAAGCCUCGGCUUUUUUUGCUCUUCUCCUUUCUUUGUUUUUUUUUCCUCAGUGUAUAUGUCACAUUGUUUUUUUUUUUACCCAAGCCUCGCCAGAUUCUGCGAGACACGCAUUUCUAGCAAUGAUUUGCAAUGAUUUUAAUAUCAAGGUUGUAUCUGCAACCUCAAAAUAUACAGCCAUUUCGAAAAAGGUUGUCGCAAAAAGUGCACGGGACAAUCCCGAAAGGGAUUGUGGGUGACUGUGAGUUAUAUAUUCAUCUUCUAAGAAGUUUAAAAGAAUGGCACGAGAGGCCUUGGAAGUAUGUUUGUGAGUGUUAAAGGAAAGCAACAAAAGUAGGUUCGACAGCUCAGUUGGUCAGGAACAGUGUAUUGACCAUAUCCCAUAUUACCUUUCGGGUUGUCGCGUGCACAUUUUUUCCGACAACCUGUCUAUGGACCAUGCAAAGUCUGUUUAAUAGCAGGAAAUGAAAUAAAAAUUUGAUUAUGAAAGCCCUGGAAAUGAAGUUGCCGAAAAUUGCCGUGUUUCCACUUAAUUGUAAUGAUCAAUAUAAUCAUUUGAUCAAAAGGAACAACGCUUCAGACGUUUCAGUCUUUCCCCUUAAAAAAAAUUGCUGUUGCUCGAUAUAUCUAAUAAAAGUCUAAAAAACAAAGCCGAAACUGUUCAUCAGUAGAAUCUAAAAUGUCUGCAAUCUAAUGUGUCAAGAGUUCUAUUAACAAUGGCUCUUGAAUAGCAUCCAAACUGAAAAUCUCGUACCCAUGGCCGAGGUUAUGGCCGAGGAAUCUGGGCACAAUUCUCGGUACGAGUUUGAGUUCAAAGUCCCCAGUCUCCUGACGACACAGCUUGGGGCUUGUGGUACGAGAACACUCCGCACUGAAAUGGCGUUGAAGAGUAAAUACAGCGACGUUUAUAUUCCCGACAACCUUUCAUGGCCUCACUUUGUGUUCCAGAACUUUGAAAGAUACGGAGACCAGACCGCAGUGGUAAGAGAAAUUCAAAAUGAUGUUUGUUAAAUGAGAACACAUACAGUCCGAUUUCUGAAAAACGUUUCCUUGGUGUACAUAAGCUUAUAAAAUAUCUAUGGUUGGGGUUGGGGUCAGCUGGAUUCAAGCUUAUCAUUCCACUCUGUCUAUUUAUUUUUCGUCUAUGGCUGAAACUAGUAAUAAUUGAAGUUUAGGGUGUGCGGACGAGAUCAAUGCGAAAGAACAAAGCUGUGUUCUGCGAGAAGGCAAAACGCGCGUGAUCAGAUGAAGAGUGAUCACGGGUGAUCAGAUGAAGAGUGAUCACGGGCGGCCCAGUGUGGUUAGCCUGUUCCAGGCGUUCAGAUAGUGGGGAGCGGUGCGAAGUAAAAGGAGCGCGAAAAAAUAAAAGCGAGGGAGGGGGAGAGGUGAGAGAGGGAACGCCUGUUAGAUUUGUUUUAAAUAGACUCAUCCGCCCACUCAGACCUCAUCAGCUGUAGGUGGUCUUCACUUGUCAAUCAAGACUGAUGUUACAGCCCGAUACAAUUAUUUUUUUUCUUACGAAUAAAUCAAAAUUUCUCAGAUCAAAAAUUAAUAUUAUGUAUACAUAAUCUUACGAAAAACCUAUGUAAGACUUUCAGACAAUAGAGAGCGCGAGAAGUAAUUUAUUUACAGCUUUAAAACAUGAUUUCAGUGUGUACGUGACAAAAAAAUUAUGAAUCAAGUGACAAACAAAUAUCGCUCAUUGCGAUAGAAAGCCGUCUCUAUAAAGAUCGUUAACUCGAGCAAUGAAAAUGCCCAACAAACGAAGGGAAAAUUUACUAUUCGGUGACUGAGUGGACCUCGUCAAUAGCGAUAGCUGCAACUUGCUUUCCAAGCUUUCCUUUUGAAGUCCUUUUGUCCAUUCCUUAGACAACCACGAUUUGUGACUGCAGUACGCCUUUGAGUGAAUUUUUAAGGAUCAUACAAUUUCACAGCUUCCACUAACCCUAACCACUUAACGGCUUCAUCCACAUCUUCUCCCAUCAUUGCCGCCGCUACUCCGAUUUUGUUCAACUGUUCCAUUUGGUCUUUCAUGAUGGCAAUCAACGGAGUUACCACAACAAUCGUAAAUGGCAUUCUAUCCUGCCUUCAUUCCAACGCACGCUUCAUUCGAGGAAAAAGCUGGAAAAUAAGUCUUUUUCCAAAGCCAGUUGGUGAAAUUGCGAAGACAUCUAUCCUGCCGACUACGUGUUUUAAACAGCUCCUUUGCUCUUUGCGUUUAGCCUCCACGUUUGGAAAGUCACUCAGUGCUGUGUUUGUUGCGAGUUCGAAUUCUGGACGGGACGUAGAGUCUGUCAUCACUGCCAUAUCGCAUUUCUCACUGUGAUCGAAGACGCUCCACUGUUGACAAAAACUGUCAAAAUCAACCAAUCAGAGGGUAUACCAUGAUCUGGUAUACCGGUUCGCACUUUUGUUAAAAAUUCUUACAAGCGUUCCCGCACCUCUCUCCCCAGCCCCCCUCUACUUUUCAUCCCUUCCUUUACUUCGCACCGCUCUCCACUAUCUGAACGCUUGGAACAGGCUACAGUGUGGUCUGCUUAGUAGCAAGCGUUUCCGCUCGAGUUAAUGCGCGAACGCUAGAACAAAAGGAAAAAAAGAAUAAAAGUUUUCGUGCAUUUUAACGGAAAUGCCUGCUACACAGGCCAUAGUUAUUACAGUGGACUGGUCAUGAAACCCCAUUAGAUGCCUUUUUUUGGUUUUGAGGGGAGCGUAAUUAAGGAGGGUACGAAUACUGCAAUACCGCCCAGAAUUAGUAUGUGUAAUCAAAUGGUGACGAGUGAAAUUAGGGAAUAAUUUCAUGCGCGCUUUGUCCAAAUCCUUACUUUAGGCGAGGGAAAUUAUUAGGAUUUGGACAAAACACAAGUGAAAUUAUUUCCUAAUUUCAUGAGUACACCAUUUGAUUACCUAUUAAUAUCAUGGGUGACGAAUUACGUUAGCAAUCUUGGAUUUUUUACAUGUUUAUCCUGGAUCGUAUCGAUCGAGAACUCCACUCUCGCGAACGUUUAGAGCGUAAAUUUGACUCAAGUUUAGAAUUCUUCUACAAAAUACCUGUUAGAAUCCUUCUUGAUGUGCUCUUUUGUGAGUUCAGGUUUUCUAAAGCGUCUUUAUAUGCCCUGGCAUCUUCAUUCAUGACAUUUUAAAACUUCGUCGCCAUCUGGACACUGAGACAUACGGAAGGUUGCCAUGGCAAUUUUGUAAUUUCACAUGUGAAAUUACAAAUUAUCACUGAAAUUUCGUGCCAAAAUUAAGGAGUAAUUCGUCACCUAUGAUAUUAUGUAUAAACACCACACAGAGUAACAUAUGAAAACUGAGAACUGCAUUAAAAUUACCGAAAAUUUCAAAAUACUGCAAACCGCGUGGUUUAUACCCCAAAUAGGAAUUUCUAUAAAAGCACACCAAAAAUCAAGAAAAACCACAUCACUUAUUCCCCUUCCGUUUGUGUUAGCUUUAUUGGGCCCGACCGUGCACGUUGUUCUAGCAUUCCCAUCAUUUUGAACUAUCUGACCAAUGGAAACAUUUUGUUAAUUUAUUGUGCAUGAUCAGGGAAUGUCCAACAUAAACUGCAGCACCAUCGUUUUCAACUUUGACGUUUGCCAGCUUUCAUAACCAGUCUCCUCUACUAACUAUAUGUUCUUGCUAAUAAAUUAUUGCCCUGUGUUUUGAUACUGUUUUACAUAUAUUUACAAACGAUUUAUAGACUUUGUAUGAGAAAUUCAAUAUAGCUGUUAAAACAUAGAAAUAUACAUUAAUGUAUAUAUUUCACAUACUUGGGUUUGUUAUCUCAAUGCUAUUCCUGUGUAACCUAAGCUCAAUUCAUAGCCAUUUGUAUGGUUUGGCGGCUCAUUGUUUGUUUUGUGUUGUUUUCCUACAUCAUUCAAAGCAAGGCAGGUUACUGUGUGCAGUGUGACUUCACAAAUCUCUCCCGUAUCAAAGAACAGUGCACUGAUUCGCCACCAAUGGCUGUGAUCCUUAACCCUUUAAGCCCUAAGAGUGAUCAGCAUCAAAUUUCUCCUUGUGAUACCAAUGCUUUGUAAAACAGAGUGGUCACGAGAAUUACAGACAUGAUCACACAAGAUGAAUUUGUUUGAUAUUUUAUCAACUUCUCCCCACUACUUCUGUAGGAAAUGACUAGGGGCAACAAAUGAGAAUUCAAAUUUUGAUCUUAGGGUUUAAAGGGUUAAAGGCCAGAUAAAUCGCACAUCUCUCCUCCUCAUCAUGGGUAUUACAAUUCAUUUUUGGUCAGGAAAUAUUUUGAAAGUUUUUAUUUCUGGACAAUCUGGCAUGAGCUCAGGAAACUCAAUGACCAUGUGUUUUGUAGUAAGUGUGAACAUAGGCUCAAGGGAUGCAAGUGACGGACAUUGCAUGACAAAUCCUGGAUCUUUAUUUUAGGAAUUUUCGGUUGGGGAUGUGCUGCUGGGACCCUGGAACCCUUAGCCUUUAUCAGAGCUAGUUCAGCUGAAUUUUGCUACCCUAUACUAGACUAAACUCCUCAAAUCGCCCCUUUCCUAGGGUAGCUUUUAGGCUGAGUUGCGUAAAUUUGAACUUGCCACUUUCAUUUUUGAUAUCGUCAUUCUAGGUUUCCCUAGUCUAGACUAAAAUCUUCAACCAAUUGUUCCUGGAAAAUGAUACCCUCUUUUUGACCUAAACUCUCUGAUUUACAUACCUUAUCCCAGAGUAAACUGCUUGAAAUCAAUACCCUUCGGAGCGGCACAUACGUAUAUAGCCCAUAUGUGGCAAUACUCCCCCCUGCCCCGGGACAUCGAACAGUGUACAUAAUAGUCACUGUUCCACUACCUAUGGCAGACCUUGUAGGCUUGAUUACCAGCCUCCCCGAGCUAGAGAGUCUCAGUGGCCGCGGAAAUCAAGCCAACAUACCCUCCCCAGGUGAAAUUCAUCUACUGUAAUAAUGCCUUUCCUCAUUUUUAGUGCUAAAAUAUUUGCAAACUAGAUGUGUCCUGCAUGGUUCCAGUGAUAAUAAUAAAAAUAUAUUAUUUAUUAAACUUGUAUUUUGACACUUUUAGAAUUGUCCCAUCUCUGGUUGUCACUACACUUUUAAACAGCUCAAGACGCUUACAACAAACUUUGCCUCAGCACUGGUGAAGAGAGGCUUAAAAAAAGGUGAUGUUCUUGGCAUUUACCUUCCAAACAUUGCUCAGUACCCUAUUGUGUAUUAUGGAUCCUUGUUUCUUGGCAUUACUGUUACAACAGUUAACCCCCAGUAUGGAGUUCAAGAGCUUGUAUAUCAGUUGCGAGAUUGCAGUGCAAAGUAUUUGAUCACUGAUCGCGAGCGUCUUGCAAAUGCACAACGGGCAGGCUUACAAGUUGGUAUCUCUGCUAUCUUCACUAUGGAAGAAGUCAAGGGUUUUGAGUCUUUUCAAGACUUAGUCCAAGAUGAUGGCUCAAAACUUCCUAGAAAUUAUGCCAGUAUUAAUCCCAAGGAUGAUGUCGCUAUUUUGCUGUACUCAAGUGGUACCACCGGCUUGCCUAAGGGGUGUAUGCUUACACACUACAACCUUGUAGCCUUGGCAUGUAUUUUUGAUGAAUUUGCGUGGCCGGAACGUUCUGUCGUAUUGACAGUGUUACCUCUGUUUCAUGGCUAUAGUCAGAGUAUUAUGAUGGGAUUUUGUUUGUGGAAAGGAUGUGAAUUGGUUGUUUUGCAAGGAUUUGAACCAAAGACAUUUCUACAAACAUUGGAAAAUUUUAAGGUAUCACCUUUUAUUAUUAAUAUUUCACUAUAGUGUAAGAAGUAUACCAUAAUGAUUGGAUUUAGUGCCUGGAGUGCUUAUUUGCUCUUGGUACCUUAAGGGAGGGCACUUAUUCGAGACGGGGUGCUUAUUCAGGACAGGGCGCUUAUUUCUUUUUUUAGAAACAAUUAACUGAAUGUUCAAAUUAAAACUUUCAUAUUUAUUAAAAAGGAACAAUAACAGAAAAUGUAACAGUAACAAAUAUACAUUGAAAUAUGUUCAGUUAGUGUGGGGGAAUUUUAAUACAUUUCUACAGUGAUAGCUUUGACAGUGUCACUUCAGGGUUCAUGCUACUCCUUGAAGUCCUUGAAAAGCCCUGGAAAAGAAGAAUUUUUUAUGAAAGUGCUUGAACAUAAUGAAAACUCCUUGAAUUUUUGUCGGGAUGAAAAAUAAUGUAGGAUUGUAUUAAAGUUAUUCAGGGAUUGAACGCAGAUUUUAAGACGGCAGGUACAGAUUUUGCAAAACCUGCCUCAUUGCAUGCUGUGUGCAAUUCUGUGUUGCGCACAUCGCUUUCAGACUAUGUUGUUGUUAGGGUUAUUGUUGAGAUUAUUGUUUGGUGUAAUGUUGCUUUAUUGGAUAACUACAGUAGUUAGGUCCUCUUUCCAUGUACAAUAUCCAAGCAUUUUGUACCCACCGACAAGGCAUCCAGUGCUCUAAGAAAAAUUGAAGGGAGCCCAGUGCUCUGAACUUGUGAAAUCCAGUGUGCCCAGCAUAUGAUUUCUAUGAAAAAGCAAAGAUUUUCAAGUCGCCGGAGAACAAAAGUUAGGCGCCACGGGCCACAGGGCUCUGCUAGACCACAGCCUUGACCAAGAACCAUGAAAUUGUUAUGCAUCCCUGUUUGUGAAUUAUUACAGAUUUGAUAUGUUCUAUUUGUGGUAGUCUCUUGAAAUGCAUUUUAUAUCCGGUAGAGCUUUUCGGAAGUGGCUAUUGACCAAUGAAAACAUUUCGAAACGUAGUGCAAGAAUUCUUCAAAUACUCCUUGAAACUAAGUUUUUAGUGCUUGAAUACUCCUUGAAUACUCCUUGAAUUUUAUGUCCAAAAACCAGCACGGACUAUGCACUUACAUCAAAAGCUUUCUGGUAUGGUGUCUUCCACAUCCAAUUUGGUGAUACUGUCGAAAGGAUCCUUGUCAGUUUUGUAACGUGGCAUUACCGUUCGUUUGUGAGCAAUUAAAGGAAGAUAAUAAUACUAGGUAUACCUAUUGAUAGAGUGCCAACGAGCAAAUCAUGCGUAUUUUGCUUAGGAAUAAAAUUCCCUUUUUUCCCAUUCGACCAUUUCUUGGUCCUUUCCUGUUGCAAGGAUUAUUUUCUUGAAAAGUUCGCAGAUUCAGUCUGGUGGCUUUACAAACCUACUAUGUAAAAGUGUCAAGUGUCUUGAAAGAAUAAAGUCAGCUUUGCAGAGGAAGCGAUCGGGAAUAUUAUUAAGUCCAGCUACAAAUCUACUCUCGGUUCGGUUUCACAUUGUAGAUAAAUAUUUGCACAGUUUAAUCAUUUAAACCUCCUUUCAAAUUUCCCGAGGCUUUUUGUUAUGGGAUUGAAACUUAAUUAAUGAUUCACUAGGCCAUCUGAAAUGUUUCCAAGGACAUGCGAUGUACGGCACGUCGGUAUUUUAUUUUUAGUUCAUUAUUUUUAUACUGAACUCAGCCACGUUGUUUUCUUUUCCUUUGUCAUUCGCUUUAGGCUUGUAAUUCUUUUUUGCUCUCAUUUUUUUUGUUUGCUGGUUAGAUUUUUUCCCCAACACCAGAUUUUCCAACAGAAGCGACUGUAUUCUUCGUGUCAAGCUUUCCUUAUCUCCUCGUGUAAUCUGAUCCUUUUUAGUGGUGAGAAUAUUGCUUGUUACACAUAGAACACAUUUGCUGUUUUACAAACUUCUCUUCGUUAAAACUUAACAUUAUGGCCCCUAAAAUUAAUAGAAUAUAUCAAGUGCUCAUGUUUCUUGACUGCAGUGGCCGGGUUUGACAAAAAAAUUUAGGUAAAUAAACACAGGAAGUCGCGACGGCGGGAAUUGUGUGAAAUUUUCUCUUUUAUUCAACUUGAGCCCGUGCGCCAGUUACUGCCUUUUGAUUGGUUCACAACUGACCGCUUGGUCUCAGGGGAAUCUACAUUACAUCAGGUUACACUUUUUUCAGCUCGAUCGAGAAUUUUUCUGCCUAUUGCCCAGUCUUGCGCGGCUCUAUUCUGCUGCUUCCUCGCCAUCUGAGCGUCUUCGCUCGGAUGGCUCGUUGGCAAUAAUAUUGGAAUAAGGGCGCUUAGCAGAAUGGGGCACCUAAUGGAAUAGGGGUGCUUAUUAACAAAAACAGAUUCGGGGCGCUUAUUCAAAAAUUGACCGCAAAAACUACAGACAUUUGACUGAAACAAACUGUCACUAUUUUCAAAACAUUGCAAUUCGUUGAUAAUUAUCUGCAAGCCACUGUAAGUGUUUUUGUGUGAUCAAAGGUCAAAUUCUGUGCACCUUAGAAGCAGCUAGCAGUAUUCAAUUGUCAGUGCUGAGUUAAUUUUUAACAUCAGCAGAAUUUAUUGUUAUGCCCAUCACAAAUGUUAGAAUGAUGUCAAUAGAAUUUUCUGGCUUCUUAGUUUACUGUACCUGCAGAAACACAGGAAGAGAUUUAGUGGGUCCUUUGCCCCCCCUUAUAUCCCACUAAGCUUACCCCUUACCCCAGAUUGCCGCUGUUGCCUCUUAGCCACAUGGCCAAAAAUCAUGAAUGAGCAGAGAGUAAUGAGUAAUUUUACAUUGCCCCUCUUUUUCAUACAGGAGCAGUGGAGAAUGCACAAACUUCUAACAUUAUAUAAAAAUUUUAUUUAUCCUACAAUAUCCAUUUUCCAUUUGUGAGUAGAGGCCCUUCAAUCUUCGAGACUUAUCUAGGAAGAUCAAAGGGCAUCUGCUCGCAGGAUAGCAAUUAUGGCGUUAGAUAAGAGAAAAUUAAGGUCUUUUUUAGUGUAAUAUUAUUGGUACUACUAUUACCAUGCCACUGACAUAACCUAUCCCAACCCCCCUCUUUUACCUUCCAGUGCUUAUAACUAAAAUACAAUUUCACACAUGACAAGUCAAAUCUUAUACUAUUUUAUUUUUUUAACUGAAUUUAGGUUGCAGUGUUACCAAUAGUUCCUCCCCUAGUCCUAUUUUUGGCCAAACACCCGCUUGUUGAUAGCUACAAACUUGACACCUUGGAGGAUGUUCUUUGUGGGGGAGCACCAGUUGGGGAAGAAUUACUAGGGGCAUUGAGAAAACGUUUUCCUCACAUAAAGCAUGUCAGACAAGGUAUGUAGGCUUCUCUGUUUUCCACAACCUUUUGAGCUCCAGCCAAUAGAGAGGACAAGUUGUUGAUAUGUCAUUUUGCCAUGGUAGCAAAAUGUCUGCAUGACAACAAACUGAAAAUGUCACUAGUUCAAGUUCAUUUUAUUCACACUCUUUCAAUCACAAUGCAACAACAAUGAGAAAAAAGAAGUAAAAACAGAGUUAUAAACUAUACAUUGAAUUAAACAUAACACAGGAAAAAAGCGUGUCUAUAGCAGCCAAAGGAGCCAAGCUUUUGAGUUGGCUGCUACCCCAGAGCGGUUACAAGUGGGUGGCAGUUAUACAGUACUUAUAAAAAACUAUUAUAAUUAUGGACAGCCGAAGCCAGUUGAGCUAAGUCAUAUUCAUCAUAAAAGAGAAUUAGCACUGUUUCAAACCUCGUCCCUUAAACCUCGUUUAGACAAUUUAGUUUGUCAGAUCUGUUGGGGAAAUUUUCUGGGGUUGAAUCCAAAAGGACCUCAUUUAAGUUUAGAAAAAGAAAAAGAAAAUGUUGUUUUGUGUUCUCCUAUGCCAUAGAGAGGAAAUUAGGAAGUUUCAAGUCUCAGGCUUGCAAUGACUAGGAAAUGUACAAAAAUGUGUAAAAAGCUGUUUUUCUGCUCAAAAAGCUCCCUAUAUAUUCUUGCUACCAUGGUAAUGUAACAUCACACUUCACUUCUCUUCAGUUUGCCGUUAGAUAUGAAUUUACCGUAUGUGCCAGAGACUUUUCUAGCGCGGUUUCUGGUUUCUUGGUCAAUAGAUGUGUCGGCCUUCAGCGAACACUGAAAAUUCCCACCGCAUGCGAGAAAAACCUCUGGUACCCAGGGUAACAUGAAUUUUGUAAAGAUAAACAUUACAAUAAUAAGCAGUGCAUAAGAGGCCAAUGGCAAAAGUUGAAUGAAUGGAAAGUAAGAUGUGUUGGUUUUUGACAUUUAUCUUUAGUAUCACUAGAGGUCAUUUUGAAACUUUUUGCACACAUGUAGCUGACUUUUUUGAAAGUUUCAUUUAUAGAUUCUAGGGGUUGUUGUGCUCUUGGGCCUGUAUAUAGAAAUCUUGAUCAGUCAUGGUACAGCCUGCGAGACAGCGGACAUUUUGCAACGUCACCACUGGUUUUCCCCUAAAUUGUCAGUUGUCGGAGAAAUGAGCACAGAAAUUCCAUAAUGAUGACCUGUCACUACUUAGAUCUGGGUAGUGGUUCUGAUUGGUUCAAGCAAAUUUCCCACAUGGCAUGACCAAUCGGAAGUAAUACCUAGAUCUAGAUAAUGUCGCCUCAUCAGUAGGAUGUUAUUUCAUGGGGAAACAAGUGGUGACUUUGCGAAAUGUCGGCUGUUUUAUCAGGCUACAGUCAUGGCUACUUUUAGCUAAAUUUUCACAGCCAUGGUCAUUUUUAAAACUUUUUUUUUUUAAUUACGUUCAAAAUCUUAUAUGAGGGCAUGAUUUUCAUGUUACAAUAUACCACAGCCUGCUCUUUUUCAAAUGAACAGUAGAUGCGAUGUCUUUGAUAUGACAAUAUUGUUCAUUUUGAUGCAAAUGAAAUUCGCUUUCUCUUUCAAUAUUGUUUCACCACUUGUUUUCCUGACUAUGGCCUAAGAGAAACUGAAAACAAUGCUUAUGCAAAAUUUUGGGUGAUGAACAAAGAGCAUUAUGUGAUGGUAUUUUCCGUAGUGGUCAAUUGUACUAAAAGGUAGCUGCUUUUACUUCAAAGGUUACGGUUUGACUGAGUGUGUUGCUGGAACACACAUUUCUCCUCUUUACGGUGGAAAACCUGAGUCAUGUGGUGUUCUUCUUCCAAACUUGGAAUGCAAGGUAUCUCCUAUCGCUGAGUCCCCACAAACCUUUGACAAACGGUUUAGCACGAUAUGUAUGGAAUUUAUGGGGGAUAAAAUCUGUUAACCUAAUGAUUCCAUGGUUCGUGGACCUGAGAUACAUACAAGAGACUAACUGAAGAACUGUAUAUUUUGCAGCAAAUUCUUAGGAAAAUGUUAUAUUUAAUGGGUCAUUUCCAAGUUCCAAUAAUUCUCACUUUCAAAAUGAGGGUUAAGUCAGGGUGCAAAGAAAGUCAGUCUUACUGCCUGCAAUUUGGGCAAGCAGCAACUAGCAUGGACUAGCCCACAAGUCAUUUCAACUAGCCCCCAAACCCUUUUUGAUCAGCAGGAUUGAUUAUAAUCCCUCUGUAAUUUGAAUUUCCCCAAAAAACAGCACUUGCCCUGAACAAAGAUCACUAGCCCGAUAGCAAAAUCCACUAGCCCCGGGCUAUCGGACACGACUUUCUUUUUUUCACCUCUUUGGUGAAAAUGAUUUAUUAUUUGCAUUGGAAUGGAUAAUCACUUUCAUAUCAAUGGCUUCACACUCAGCCUUGCGUUGAAACAGAGGCUUGUCUUAAAUGAGCAACUUGGAGAUGGUCUAUUGUCAGUUCCAGGGUAGAUUGUUCUCGUGCUCAACGUUUUGAAAAUGUUUUGGUCAUGGAAACCUUCCCUGUCCGCAAGAGAUAAGAGUUUAUUGAACCUUUCAAGACCGUCAAGUGUAUUAAGAACUUUCCAUAAUAAGAAAAAUUAUGCACAUGUAUUCUUUAACCAAAGAGAAAAGUAAGGGAUCAAUUAAGGUUUCUAGACCUACCCCUCCCCUUAGCCAACAUUUUGCCCUAAGUGAGAAUUAACUGUUAAUGUUGGCUGAGGGGAGGGGUAGGUGGGCAGUUUCCUAGAAACCUAAAUUGUGGCCGGUUGGGCUGAAAAAUUAAUAUGUCAGUGUUUCUUUCCUUAUUUCUUUUUUGUUUUUGGUGAGACCGAGAUAUCCCUUUUACCCAUUUUCACCCUGGCUUUACGUGUUUGAUUUUCAGAUCAUUAAUCAAGAGACUCGGGCCAUAUUGGGUCCGCAUCAGGAUGGGGAGAUCUGUAUCAGAGGGCCCACAGUCAUGAAAGGUAUUAGCAGUUUUAUUCAGAUAAGUGUUAAGGUGACUCGACCCAGUUUUUUUUAGGGGGUACCAUCCUACUUUGAAGCUCUCUGGUAUCCCCACCUUUACUUUUAUCUUAAGGAUAACACAUAGAAUGGAUAACAUAUAGAUCAAUCUACAAUAGAACAUAAAAUUUUUGGCGAUCGGAGUAAAUGUCACGUGGUUAUAAUGCCACGCCCCUUUAAGGUCUGAGUCGAAAAUCUGCUGUUGCCAGCAUUUUUUUCGUGAAAAUCUCUCGGCUACACAUAGUGCGCAUUAGUGCCUUGCGCUGAACAGAGUUUCACCAAAAUCGCAAAGACCCAAUUCGAGAAAUUCAGCGGUUUCCAAAUUUAGGUCAUAAUUUAUGCGAAAAUGAUAAGCAAACUUUACACGGAUUAUAUCUAAUAAACUAUGAGAUUCAUCUCUGUAUUUUGGGCAUCGUUAUAACAGAUGGGUCCUUGAAAGUCGGCAAAACGCUUUAUGGCCUUGUAAAUGCGCGCGAUUUCGAGCAAAGCAAACAUAUAGAAAUUAUAGUUUUCGCUAUUUGUUGACGUUUGUCAACGUUUAAGAGUCAAUCUCACGAAAAAAGCAUUUUCUUAAAAAUUCGUGGUUUUUUUUCGUUCAAAUUUUUUCAGGGCCACAAUUGAUUAACUAACUACCCGGACUCUGAAUUUCAUGGUCAUUGAAAAACUGUGACAUUACCUUCUAUAAGCCCAAACUUGAGUAAACAUUGAAGAUUUUUAGCGUUUUGGCUGAGUUUGUGCUUUGGGAGUUGUCUGUCCCUGUUACCCUUUGUUCCCCUGUGUUAUCCUGUGUUACUCUGUGUUCCCCUGUGUUACACUGUGUUACCCUGUAUUCCUCUGUGUUACCCUGUGUUACUUUGUGUUAACCUGUGUUCCGCUGGGUUACCUUGUGUUCCCCUGUGUUACUCUGAGUGACCCUGUGUUACCUUGUGUUACUCUGUGUGACCCUGUGUUCCUCUGUGUUACCUUGUAUUACUCUGUGCGACCCUGUGUUCCCCUGUGCUACCCCGACUGUUUCAUUGUGUUACCCUGUGUUCCCCUGUGCUACUCUGUGUGACCCUGUGUUACUCUGUGUUACCCUAACAUAACUCCUUUGCUCCUUGCCCAUGGACCAAUUUUAUCACUAAGUAUAGUCUGUGAAUUGGUGAUGUGGCUGAUAUUUGAGACAACGAGCAGUAUCUCUUUUUUUCUUAGGCCGUCCAGCGAGACGUACGAGACAAGAAAAUGACACCCGCGCGACACAAGGCGCGAGACAGGAGAGGCGUUUCUUUUUCCCGCCCUCGUCUCGUGUCUAGGCCUCGCUCCUCGCCGCUCGCGCGCUCGUGAACUCCCGUUUUAAAAUCAGAAGGCUGCUCGCAGUCCACUGAUAUCUAUGUUGCCUUGCUCUCUUUGUGUUUGCACAGGUUAUUUAAACAAGCCAGAGGCAACAGCUCGUACGAUAGACAGAGAAGGCUGGCUGCACACUGGUGAUGCUGGGCAUUAUGAUGAACAUGGAUACUUCUACAUUGUGGAUCGAAUCAAAGAACUGAUCAAGUACAAAGGAUUUCAGGUUAGAAAAGCGUUUUAAUUACUACAUCUAAGCCUGUGUAGCUGUGGUUCCCGUUUCCUUCUGGCCAUGCGGGAGAAGUACAGGAGACGCGCGAAAAGGAGACAAAGAAGUUGAAGUCAGGGGAUGAGUGAGAGAACUAAUAAACGAUUUCCCCUCCCCUGCCCCUCCCCCCCGCUCCUAUUUGGUGAUCGCCUUUGUGCGUCUCCGGCGCUUCUCCCGCGGCUUCGGUACAUCUGGUUUACAUGAUAAAAAUCCGUGACCGUUUUAACAGCAUUAAAAAACCUUUUUUGUUCACAGCAGUAGAGAAACAAUCGAUAUUUCGUAUUUUUAGGUCCCUCCAGCCGAGCUGGAAGCGUUAUUGAUCACUCACCCGAACAUCGAUGAUGUGGCAGUGAUCGGAGUCCCCGAUCUUGUAGCCGGAGAAUUGCCGAAAGCCUUCGUUGUCCGUCGUGGUGACGUUUCCUACGAUGACAUCGUGAAAUUUGUGGAAGAGCGAGUUGCUCCUCACAAAAAGCUCAGGGGUGGAGUGGAGUUUAUUGACCAGAUUCCAAAAUCUCCCAGUGGUAAAAUCUUACGACGCAUAUUACGAAGUAGAAACAGCCAGGGGGGAACGCGCUCUAAGUUAUGACCUGAGACGCAGGACGGAACGAAUAUCUCCAAAAACAUCGUAAUGAAAGGCUAAGCCUGAAACGUCGCUGAGAACAAUCCCCUUUCUGCUCCAAACCCCAAUAUUCAUUCCUUAAAAUGAAAACGUUUUAAAUUUAGCCGAUGAACAGGCCUUCGAAAUGAAUAAAUAAAUAAUGAGUAACGAUUUAGUUUUAACACAUCCAGUAAUAAAAGCAAUACUUAUUGUGGAGGCAUGUGUGGCCGAGCGGGUAAGACCUCGAACUCUGGAUCUGGAAGUCACGGUUGAAGCCUUGCCCGUCGUGUUGUUCCCUCUGAAAGGGAACUUUACUCCACUUUGUCUCUCUUCACUCAGGUGUAUAAAUGGGUACCGCCGACAUACUGCUGAGUGUAACGAUGGACUUGCAUCCCGUCCAUGGGGAGUAGCAAUAUACUCCUAGCAUGCUUCAUGCUAAGUAAACCGGUAUAAACUUCGGCCGUUUGGGCCUUUGGCUCGUGUACGCCUUGACCUUACUUUUACCUUAUUGAGGAAACCUACUUCUCUCGAGAAUGGUUUAAAAGGGUCUUCCUACUUGAUUACAAAUGAUAAAACGAAUAGAAACAUGCAACAAACAAUAAGUAAAAUGUAUGUUAUGAUUCUUUUACUGAUAUCAAUAACUUAGAUAGUUUAGUGAACAGAAAUAAGGUCAAACAUUGUCCCGUGCUCGUGAUCACAUCAUUUCUCAUUUCUUCACCGAACUUAAAAUUUACUAUCAUUCUUUAUUUAUCACAUACCUGACGAUUUCAGCAUUGCUUAUCAUAGCAGUUAGCAGGAUGCAUGUCAUAAAUGAAACUUUUAUGUCAUUGGUUAGAGUAUCCGACCGGUGUACGGAAGGUCUUAGGUUCAAUUCCUCCCGGGGACUCAGGUUUUUUCUUUGUGCUUUGCUCGUGACAUGUUCAUCAUAUCAUUUCUCAUCGAACUUCACAUGUAACGAAUUUAAUUACAACUAGAACCACUACGUGGAACUUACCGGGGCCCAGUGGGAUACGGGAUUGCAUAGAUAUAGUUUACCUCUCGCACCCCUCCCCCCUCCUCUGUGGAGGCUAAUACUUAGUCUGAAUUAACUCAUGCAGAAGAAAAGCAACAAAAUGCAUGAGAAAGGAGGAUGUUGUUGUAAGUUUGUUCAGUGUUAUUACAGCUAACGGUCUGUGUUAUAGUAGUGUUUUUAGUAACACUGUGAUGUCAAUAAGUGUGAUCUGUAUAAGGUUUUCAUUUGUUUUUAAGUUUGAGUGAAAAAGCAAAAAUCACUGACAGUUUUGGGUUGAAUGGUAAUGACAAAGUUUGCAAAGAAGUUUGUUACAGAAUUAUCACAAUUUCACAUUUUCUCAAGUACGUUAUCAUCAGGUUUAUCAUUGAGAUUUAUUAAUCACAUUUAUCUAUUUUUUGCGAAAACACUGUGAAUUUGAAAUGAUAACAGACAUAAGACAUUUUUGAAAUAGAUCUUUGUGGUCAUGGAUUGUUGUCUUGCACUGUAAAAAAUGUCAUCCAGUGUUAUAUACAGACAUAAUAAAAUGCUUAUUUAUUGAUGACUGAGUAUCAUUUGUUAAUUCAUUGCACAUUGAAAUGGAGGCACUUGAUUGUAAGGCAGUGGUUGAUACAUAGUGGCAUUCAUCAAUAUGGCCUAUAGUAAUUAUUGUAGAGGAAGUAUUUCUUUCCUGAACUGGGUAAACAGUAGUAUAUCUGCAACUGCUUGAAUGAUAAGUGCAUCAGCCCAUGUACCUUGAAUACACAUAUUAUUCAGAUAUCUUAUCCAUGAAUUUUCGGUAUUGCUCUCAAUAAAUCUCUCAGGAUUGUCUCUCAUAAAUUGAACCCCAGCAGUACGUAUAUGCAUGUGAUGGUUGCUUUUGCCAUAUAACUGAUGUGAUACAGAUCUAAAGAAACAAUCACCUGCACCGCCAACAUCUAUUGAUUGUAAACAAAGUGCACCUAAUCUUGACUGCAUCAAAUUCUC